GUGAGAUUCAAAGUUGGGCCCAUUCCAAAAUGAAUAAAUAAAUGGGCCAAAACCAUUUAAUUUCAUCAAUGCUUUUGUUUAAAAAAGAAAAAAUUGUUGUAGCUCAACUCAAGGGAGACUCACUCGGUCAAUUUUAAUAAAUUGGUUUGAAUUCUGUAAACAUUGACUCAGUUAGUAAAAUAUUUAAUUUCUUGUAUUAAAUAUAUAUAACAUGAAAAUUGUUAAAAUUUUAUUGAAUGGGAGUUAUAAAUAUGCUUGAAAAUCAAACAUAUCCUAAUUUAUUUAGUAUUUUUUAAAAUUCUAUACCCCAUUUGAGGUGGUGGCUCAACUCUGAAGAAAGGCAUUCCUAUUGCUUCUUUUCCGCGGGAGAAAGUUAGCACAUAUUCUGCUUUACGACUCCUAUAGUAGGGAAUGGGGUGGGGUGGGGGUGGGGUGGUGCGCGGCCGCGAAUGGCGAGAGCUUUUCUGUAUGCGAUAGUAGGAGGAGGAGUGGCGGCUGGCUACGCCGCCGAUGAAUUUGUCAAAAGAGGCGUUUCUCGUGGUGAUCUCUGCAUCAUCUCCGAAGAGCCUGUUGCACCAUAUGAAAGGCCUGCGUUGAGCAAAGGUUACUUAAAUCCAGAAGCUCCUGCGCGCCUCCCUUCAUUUCAUUGCUGUGUCGGUACCAAUGGGGAAAGGUUGGCUCCAGAAUGGUACAAGGAACAUGGUAUUGAAUUGUUUCUUGGAACUCGAGUUAUAUCUGCUGAUGUGACGCGGAAGACAUUGCUAAUUGCAACAGGGGAAACCAUAAUUUACAAAUAUCUCAUUGUUGCAACUGGUGCUCGGGCGUUGAAACUCGAAGAGUUUGGAAUAAAUGGAUCGGAUGCAGCAAACGUAUGUUAUUUACGAGAUUUGGCUGAUGCAGAAAAACUUGUAAAAGUGAUGCAAUCUUGUACUGGUAAAACUGCUGUUGUUAUUGGUGGCGGCUAUAUUGGAAUGGAGUGUGCUGCAUCUUUGGUGAUAAACAACUUAAAUGUGACGAUGGUUUUCCCGGAUUCCCAUUGCAUGUCCCGAUUAUUUACCCCCAAGAUUGCUAGAUACUAUGAAGAAUUUUACCAGUCCAAGGGAGUGAAGUUUAUCAAAGGAACUGCUUUGACAUCAUUUGAUUUUAACUCUGAUGGGAAGGUCACUGCUGUUAAUCUUAAAAAUGGGAGCAAGGUUCCAACAGAUAUGGUUGUCAUCGGGAUCGGUGCUCGUCCAAACACAGCUCUAUUCGAAGGUCAACUAACCAUGGAGAAGGGCGGAAUCAAAGUCAACAGCAUAUUCCAAUCAAGCAACACCUCUUUAUUUGCAAUCGGAGACGUCGCUGCUUUUCCAGUAGUCACCGUUGCAGGAGAAACAACAACAACAAGACUCGAGCACGUUGACUUUGCAAGAAAGUCAGCAAGGCAUGCAGUUGCUGCAAUAAUGAACCCUGAAAAGACUAAUGAGUUCGAUUACCUGCCUUUCUUUUACUCGAGAGUCUUCACAUUGUCUUGGCAGUUUUACGGAGUCAAUGAAGGGGAAGUUGUCCAUUUCGGGGAUUUCUCUGGAAAAACAUUGGGGGCGUAUUGGGUAUAUAAGGGCCGUCUUGUCGGGUCGUUUCUUGAGGGUGGAACUAAAGAACAGUACGAGGCGAUAGCCCAUGCAACUAGGGUUAAACCUAUGGUUGAAGACUUGGGUGAGCUUGAGAAACAGGGGUUGGGAUUCGCCUUGUCCUUGAAUCAGAAAACUCCAUCGUUGGAGAGACCACCAUUUAAUGCAUGGAAUUCAACUGCCGGAGCUAUUGUGGCUGCUGCAUUUAUGGCAGCCUUUGCGUUUCGGUAUGGCACGAGGCGCGGAAGGCGGUGAUAUGUUAUUUUGGUCGUCGUCAUUGAAAUUCUGUAUGUAUCGUAAUCAUGAUUGUAAGAUGCAAUGUUUUUCUAUUCCCAUGUGGUAUCAUUUUAUAACUUGUAAGGGUACUUUGUACUUGAGAAACUAAAAUAACUUUUCUUAUAGCAUAAAAAGGCUAAGAGAAUUGUUCUCAGAUACUGAUUUGUCAAUUGGAUUAUCUUGAAGUGAUAUUUUUUAUGAACCACUGUGAGUAGUCUUAGCAA